AUGCAACGGGCGGCGUCUAAAAACUCCUCCAAUGUCCAAACACUUCCGGAGGCUAUCGAAGGUUCCCCUGACUCCGAGGCUGGCGCGUCAGGGGAACCGUCUAAUGGUGGGACGUUAACAGAUACCCCCGCCGGCGUCAGCUACGUUGAUGGUGUACAUUGGAUUGAUCUGUUGGACAGCAUAUCGGAAUUGAAGGACUACUUUCAAGAUAAUGCGGAAUCAGGACCGCAUUGCCAGAUCCCUCUACAGCCUGCCCAUGAUUACGGCCCUUGUCCGCUAUUGCUAUACGGCCGUUUUACCCAUGCCAGUAAAAGCGAGAUACUAAGUAUAUUACCAGCGCGGAGUGUGGCCGAUUCAUUAGUUUCUAAGUUCUUUACAUCUAUCGAUAUAACGUCAGCAUUAUUACACAGUGGCCAAUUUAUUCGGCAGUACAACCGAUUUUGGGAAGACCCCUUCGCAGCUCCGAUCGUAUGGAUAGGGCUCUUGUUCGCUAUCAUGUGUUUCUCGUCUAUGCUUUGGCAGCGCUACAGUGAUCAAGUGCCUGGUACCGUAGGCCCUAACGCUGACAAUACGCUCCUUAUACGGUCCUACCGGGAGAAGGUCGUCCAGUGCCUGAUACUGGGCAAGUAUACCAGGGGCGGUGAAAAUGUCAUACAGACUCUAGUCAUCUACGUUGCUAUAGAACAUUUUCUCCAGGAGGAUCCCGAUUUUGGUACUCACCUUUUACUAAGCAUGAUCUUAAAUAUUGCCAUGAGGAUGGGAUAUCAUAGAGAUCCUAAAAACUUUCCCGUUAUAUCACCUUUCGAUGGCGAGAUGCGAAGGCGCAUAUGGGCGACACUAUACCAAGCGAAUCUUAUCUUUUCCUCCCAGAUGGGCCUCCCGAGUCUGCUAAAAGAUAACCAAAUAGAUACAGAGGAACCGCAUAAUCUUGCCGACUCCGAUUUCGACGAGGGAACAACCGAGCUUCCUCCAUCUCGGCCUGAGACAGAAGUGACGCCAGUUCUGUAUAUAAUUACUAGGAGCCGUGUCUCGCGCACCUGGGGCAAGGUUCGCGAUCUGGUAACCGACACAACGCCUCAUAAAUAUGACGAGAUCCUGGCGAUGGAUCAAAAAGUGCAAGCUGAUCAGCUCCGCAUUCCACCCGUCUUAAAAAUGCGACCUAUACAUCUGUCCAUCACAGACUCCCCGAAUUUGGUAAUGCAGAGAAUUUGGUUGGAUAUCUGUUUCCUCCGGCUGAAGAUCGUACUACAUAAGAAGUACUUUAUGUUGCCUACAACUCAGAAUGAGCGCUAUAAUUACUCGCGAAAAGUCUGCUUGAAAGCGGCCAUGGAAGUUCUCGAGUAUCAGCAUAUGGUUUACGAACUAGUCAAACCAGGCGGCCUGCUCUACGAAACUCGGUGGAGACUUUCAUCUGUGAUGAAUAACGAAUUUCUCUUAGCAACUAGCAUCCUGUGUGCUUAUGCUAAGCAGAUCGCCGAUACCCCUAAGAGCGCAGUGGAGGGAACGGGCACCGAAGAAGUCAACAAGCUUCUCAUAAUAUCCGCGGACUGCUGGAAGAGAUAUAGCGCCGUAUCUAAAAACGCGCGGAGGGCUAUUAAAGCGAUCAAUCUCGUUCUAGAAAUUACGGGAACUCCUACAGCCAGCCCGGCUAAUACAGAGGAUGAGCUCACUCCGAUGUUCGCCUUGCAAGGUAUGUCACAUUAA